AUGCGAAAACCAUCCACUACUACUACUACUACUACUACUACUACUACUACUACUACUACUACUACUACUACUACUACUACUACUACUACUACUACUACUACUACUACUACUACUACUACUACUACUACUACUACUACUACUACUACUACUACUACUACUACUACUACUACUACUACUACUACUACUACUACUACUACUACUACUACUACUACUACUACUACUACUACUACUACUACUACUACUACUACUACUACUACUACUACUACUACUACUACUACUACUACUACUACUACUACUACUACUACUACUACUACUACUACUACUACUACUACUACUACUACUACUACUACUACUACUACUACUACUACUACUACUACUACUACUACUACUACUACUACUACUACUACUACUACUACUACUACUACUACUACUACUACUACUACUACUACUACUACUACUACUACUACUACUACUACUACUACUACUACUACUACUACUACUACUACUACUACUACUACUACUACUACUACUACUACUACUACUACUACUACUACUACUACUACUACUACUACUACUACUACUACUACUACUACUACUACUACUACUACUACUACUACUACUACUACUACUACUACUACUACUACUACUACUACUACUACUACUACUACUACUACUACUACUACUACUACUACUACUACUACUACUACUACUACUACUACUACUACUACUACUACUACUACUACUACUACUACUACUACUACUACUACUACUACUACUACUACUACUACUACUACUACUACUACUACUACUACUACUACUACUACUACUACUACUACUACUACUACUACUACUACUACUACUACUACUACUACUACUACUACUACUACUACUACUACUACUACUACUACUACUACUACUACUACUACUACUACUACUACUACUACUACUACUACUACUACUACUACUACUACUACUACUACUACUACUACUACUACUACUACUACUACUACUACUACUACUACUACUACUACUACUACUACUACUACUACUACUACUACUACUACUACUACUACUACUACUACUACUACUACUACUACUACUACUACUACUACUACUACUACUACUACUACUACUACUACUACUACUACUACUACUACUACUACUACUACUACUACUACUACUACUACUACUACUACUACUACUACUACUACUACUACUACUACUACUACUACUACUACUACUACUACUACUACUACUACUACUACUACUACUACUACUACUACUACUACUACUACUACUACUACUACUACUACUACUACUACUACUACUACUACUACUACUACUACUACUACUACUACUACUACUACUACUACUACUACUACUACUACUACUACUACUACUACUACUACUACUACUACUACUACUACUACUACUACUACUACUACUACUACUACUACUACUACUACUACUACUACUACUACUACUACUACUACUACUACUACUACUACUACUACUACUACUACUACUACUACUACUACUACUACUACUACUACUACUACUACUACUACUACUACUACUACUACUACUACUACUACUACUACUACUACUACUACUACUACUACUACUACUACUACUACUACUACUACUACUACUACUACUACUACUACUACUACUACUACUACUACUACUACUACUACUACUACUACUACUACUACUACUACUACUACUACUACUACUACUACUACUACUACUACUACUACUACUACUACUACUACUACUACUACUACUACUACUACUACUACUACUACUACUACUACUACUACUACUACUACUACUACUACUACUACUACUACUACUACUACUACUACUACUACUACUACUACUACUACUACUACUACUACUACUACUACUACUACUACUACUACUACUACUACUACUACUACUACUACUACUACUACUACUACUACUACUACUACUACUACUACUACUACUAUACUACUACUACUACUACUACUACUACUACUACUACUACUACUACUACUACUACUACUACUACUACUACUACUACUACUACUACUACUACUACUACUACUACUACUACUACUAACUACUACUACUACUACUACUACUACUACUACUACUACUACUACUACUACUACUACUACUACUACUACUACUACUACUACUACUACUACUACUACUACUACUACUACUACUACUACUACUACUACUACUACUACUACUACUACUACUACUACUACUACUACUACUACUACUACUACUACUACUACUACUACUACUACUACUACUACUACUACUACUACUACUACUACUACUACUACUACUACUACUACUACUACUACUACUACUACUACUACUACUACUACUACUACUACUACUACUACUACUACUACUACUACUACUACUACUACUACUACUACUACUACUACUACUACUACUACUACUACUACUACUACUAUUGUUAUUACUAUUAUGACCAAUAGUAAUAAUACCAAAAAAUAA